CCAAAAACAAAAUCCCUCGAUUCAUUCGCCAUCAUAGCCUCCUUUCCACGUGGCGGCGAUGAAAUUACCUUGGCUAUCUAUUUUAGGCAUUGUCACUCAGGAGGUACUGUCCUUCGGUUUGCAAGCACUCAGGGAGUUGACCGUAGGUCGACAAUAUCUGGAGAAAUCCACACCUGAGAGUGGACCGAAAUUCGUGGGGACAAGUCGUGGAAUGAGACAUAUCUGCUACGUGCACAGACCGUUGGUACGACAUAUGUCCUACACGAGAAUGAGAGGGACGUCAAGGGGUGCACUGUCGUCCCGUACAAAUUGACUCAAUUAUGGCGAAGGAAAGAAGGUAAAAUUAACCCCCUAGGAUAAAUGUUGG